AGGCUAUGAAAGCGCGCAAUGGCAGACAAGCACCUCAGUGUCACGGCGUUAUUCUUCAUCUUCGCAAACUUCAAAUUUGGUGAUGUCACAUCUGAGAUCAUUGUCCAGUCUAAUGGGAACUUCACACUGCAGCCCAAUGUUCAGAGUCCCCCAGAGGACAUUUUGUGGAGGUGGAAUGAAAACAAGGUGGUUGAAUUUUACCAGAAGAAGGUGGUUGACUACGGACGGUUUAAAGGACGGACGAUCCUGGACCUCACAACGGGAGCCCUGACCCUCACAAAUCUCACAGAGGCUGACAGUGGGGAGUAUGUUGGUGAGCUGCAGAUCAAGGGAGAGCUGGUGCACCAUCGUCAGAUGGUGAAAGUGUUUGAUGCUGUAGGUAAACCAGCAGUCACCUGCCAAGUGAACGGCCCCUCAGUAACUCUGCUGUGCUCUGGGGGCGACAGACCAAGCACUCAGUACAGGUGGGAGGGGCCUGCCAUAAAGCCCCAGCCAGGGUCCCAGCUAAAGAUAGAGGCAGCAGAGAGCUCUGAUGCAGUCUACACCUGUGUGCUGCACAACCCUGUGGGUGAGAGCAGAACAGACUUUCCUGUAAAGAGCUGCUUCCCUGCUCCAGAUGCUGUAGGUAAACCAGCAGUCACCUGCCAAGUGAACGGCUCCUCAGUAACCCUGCUGUGCUCUGGGGGCGACAGACCAAGCACUCAGUACAGGUGGGAGGGGCCUGCCAUAGAGCCCCAGCCAGGGUCCCAGCUGAAGAUAGAGGCAGCAGAGAGCUCUGAUGCAAUCUACACCUGUGUGCUGCACAACCCUGUGGGUGAGAGCAGAACAGACUUUCCUGUAAAGAGCUGCUUCCCUGCUCCAGAUGCUGUAGGUAAACCAGCAGUCACCUGCCAAGUGAACGGCUCCUCAGUAACCCUGCUGUGCUCUGGGGGCGACAGACCAAGCACUCAGUACAGGUGGGAGGGGCCUGCCAUAGAGCCCCAGCCAGGGUCCCAGCUGAAGAUAGAGGCAGCAGAGAGCUCUGAUGCAAUCUACACCUGUGUGCUGCACAACCCUGUGGGUGAGAGCAGAACAGACUUUCCUGUAAAGAGCUGCUUCCCUGCUCCAGGUGAUGCCACAUCUGACAUCAUUGUCCAGUCUAAUGGGAACUUCACACUACAGCCUAAUGUUCAGGGUCCCCUGGAGGAAAUUUUGUGGAAGCGGAAUCAUCAUAAGGUGGUUGAAUUUUACCAGAAGAAGGUGGUUGAGUACGGACAGUUUAAAGGACGGACGAUCCUGGACCUCACAACGGGAGCCCUGACCCUCACACAUCUGACAGAGGCUGACAGUGGGGAGUAUGAUGGUGAGCUGCAGAUCAAGGGAGAGCUGGUGUACCAUCAUCAGGCGGUGAAAGUGUUUGACGCUGUAGGUAAACCAGCAGUCACCUGCCAAGUGAACGGCCCCUCAGUAACCCUGCUGUGCUCUGGGGGCGACAGACCAAGCUCUCAGUACAGGUGGGAGGGGCCUGCCAUAGAGCCCCAGCCAGGGUCCCAGCUGAAGAUAGAGGCAGCAGAGAGCUCUGAUGCAAUCUACACCUGUGUGCUGCACAACCCUGUGGGUGAGAGCAGAACAGUCCUUCCUGUAAAGAGCUGCUUCCCUGCUCCAGGUGAUGUCACAUCUGAGAUCAUUGUCCAGUCUAAUGGGAACUUCACACUGCAGCCCAAUGUUCAGAGUCCCCCAGAGGACAUUUUGUGGAGGUGGAAUGAAAACAAGGUGGUUGAAUUUGACCAGAAGAAGGUGGUUGACUACGGACAGUUUAAAGGACGGACGACCCUGGACUUCUCAACGGGAGCCCUGACCCUCACACGUCUCACAGAGGCUGACAGUGGGGAGUAUGUUGGUGAGCUGCAGAUCAAGAGAGAGCUGGUGUACUAUCGUAAGACGGUGAAAGUGUUUGAUGCUGUAGGUAAACCAGCAGUCACCUGCCAAGUGAACGGCCCCUCAGUAACCCUGCUGUGCUCUGGGGGCAACAGACCAAGCACUCAGUACAGGUGGGAGGGGCCUGCCAUAGAGCCCCAGCCAGGGUCCCAGCUGAAGAUAGAGGCAGCAGAGAGCUCUGAUGCAGUCUACACCUGUGUGCUGCACAACCCUGUGGGUGAGAGCAGAACAGACUUUCCUGUAAAGAGCUGCUUCCCUGCUCCAGAUGCUGUAGGUAAACCAGCAGUCACCUGCCAAGUGAACGGCCCCUCAGUAACCCUGCUGUGCUCUGGGGGCGACAGACCAAGCACUCAGUACAGGUGGGAGGGGCCUGCCAUAGAGCCCCAGCCAGGGUCCCAGCUGAAGAUAGAGGCAGCAGAGAGCUCUGAUGCAAUCUACACCUGUGUGCUGCACAACCCUGUGGGUGAGAGCAGAACAGACUUUCCUGUAAAGAGCUGCUUCCCUGCUCCAGGUAAACCAGCAGUCACCUGCCAAGUGAACGGCCCCUCAGUAACCCUGCUGUGCUCUGGGGGCGACAGACCAAGCACUCAGUACAGGUGGGAGGGGCCUGCCAUAGAGGUCCUGCCAGGGUCCCAGCUGAAGAUAGAGGCAGCAGAGAGCUCUGAUGCAAUCUACACCUGUGUGCUGCACAACCCUGUGGGUGAGAGCAGAACAUACUUUCCUGUAAAGAGCUGCUUCCCUGCUCCAGAUGCUGUAGGUAAACCAGCAGUCACCUGCCAAGUGAACGGCCCCUCAGUAACCCUGCUGUGCUCUGGGGGCGACAGACCAAGCACUCAGUACAGGUGGGAGGGGCCUGCCAUAGAGCCCCAGCCAGGGUCCCAGCUGAAGAUAGAGGCAGGAGAGAGCUCUGAUGCAGUCUACACCUGUGUGCUGCACAACCCUGUGGGUGAGAGCAGAACAGACUUUCCUGUAAAGAGCUGCUUCCCUGCUCCAGGAAGCGCCUCUGUCAUUAUUUCUGUAGUCAUUGUCCUCCUCCUCAUCUUCAUCAUUGUGGGAUUGCUUUUAUUUUACUACAAGAAAUGCUACAAAAAAAAGACAAGACUGAGAGAGACAGACUCUGAAGCUGCAGUAAAUGAAAGACAACAGCUAUUACCAGCAGACCCUGAAAACGUUGAGGAAACUCCAGGAAGGGUUAUGGAAACACCAGAGCUGUAUGGAGACUGGUGGGGCUCAGCAAAGCAGGUUGCAGGCUGGUUUAUCUCAGGUAAGACCCAUGAUGAGCAUCAGAAGACAGCACUGACUGAGCAGCACAAAGGGACUGAUGGGAGUGCUGGAAUUUCACAGGAGGAGAGUCAGACAGAAUCACAAAAUCAGGGUGAAGAUUCUGAAGAGAGAAGAGUGGAGACUGAGGGGGGGAACUCUGAACACCCCUCCUCUGGCUCUGUCCUGUUCAGCACUCCUGAGUCUCCACCUGCUGCUACAUCCAAAACAGCACCAGCUCCAAUACAGAGUCAGGACCAGGAAGCGGAAACAGAAACAGCAGAUCCAGCCCAGGAGCUCCCCAGCAGCCCAGAAGAAGAGGAGGAUAUUCAGGAGAGUCAGACAGUAGGCCCUCAGGAAAGGGCAGAGCUGUAUGGAGACUGGCUGAGCUCCGGUAAGACCUGUGUAAAGCAGGUUGCAGGCUGGCUUAACCCAUUUAAGACCCAUGAUGAGCAUCAGAAGACAGCACUGACUGAGCAGCACAAAGGGACUGAUGGGAGUGCUGGAAUUUCACAGGAGGAGAGUCAGACAGAAUCACUAAAUCGGGGUGAAGAUUAUGAAGAGAGUAGAGUGGAGACUGAGGGGGGGAACUCUAAACACCCCUCCUCUGGCACUGUCCCGUUCAGCGCUCCUGAGUCUCCACCUGCUGCUCCUCCCAAAACAGAAAAUGAAGAGGAGACCUUCCACAGUCCCCGAUCCAGCCCCUAUCCUCCCCACCCCCCUAAUUCUCCCCCCCAUCCAGCACCAGCUCCAGUACAGAAUCAGGACCCGGAAGUGGAAACAGAAAGAGCAGCAGAAGCAGAAUCUACUGAUGAGACUGGAGCCAAUCAGACUGCAGGAGCCCAGAGGCAGAGAGAGAAGAGGGGGGGGCAGAAUGGAGGUAGUGAUGGGGACGGAGCUCAGCCCAGUGGGGCAGGAGGGGGAGGAGCUGAGAACCCAACAGCAGAUCCAGCCCAGGAGCUCCCCAGCAGCCCAGAGGAAGAGGAGGAUAUUCAGGAGAGUCAGACAGUUCAGGAUAGAGUAAAGCUUUUUGAAAGUGGGUGGAGGCCAGGUAAGACCCAUGAUGAGCAUCAGAAGACAGCACUGACUGAGCAGCACAAAGGGACUGAUGGGAGUGCUGGAAUUUCACAGGAGGAGAGUCAGACAGAAUCACGAAAUCGGGGUGAAGAUUCUGAAGAGAUAAGAGUGGAGACUGAGGGGGGGAACUCUGAACACCCCUCCUCUGGCUCUGUCCUGUUCAGCACUCCUGAGUCUCCACCUGCUGCUACAUCCAAAACAGCACCAGCUCCAAUACAGAGUCAGGACCAGGAAGCGGAAACAGAAACAGCAGAUCCAGCCCAGGAGCUCCCCAGCAGCCCAGAAGAAGAGGAGGAUAUUCAGGAGAGUCAGACAGUAGGCCCUCAGGAAAGGGCAGAGCUGUAUGGAGACUGGCUGAGCUCCGGUAAGACCUGUGUAAAGCAGGUUGCAGGCUGGCUUAACCCAUUUAAGACCCAUGAUGAGCAUCAGAAGACAGCACUGACUGAGCAGCACAAAGGGACUGAUGGGAGUGCUGGAAUUUCACAGGAGGAGAGUCAGACAGAAUCACUAAAUCGGGGUGAAGAUUAUGAAGAGAGUAGAGUGGAGACUGAGGGGGGGAACUCUAAACACCCCUCCUCUGGCACUGUCCCAUUCAGCACUCCUGAGUCUCCACCUGCUGCUCCUCCCAAAACAGAAAAUGAAGAGGAGACCUUCCACAGUCCCCGAUCCAGCCCCUAUCCUCCCCACCCCCCUAAUUCUCCCCCCCAUCCAGCACCAGCUCCAGUACAGAAUCAGGACCCGGAAGUGGAAACAGAAAGAGCAGCAGAAGCAGAAUCUACUGAUGAGACUGGAGCCAAUCAGACUGCAGGAGCCCAGAGGCAGAGAGAGAAGAGGGGGGGGCAGAAUGGAGGUAGUGAUGGGGACGGAGCUCAGCCCAGUGGGGCAGGAGGGGGAGGAGCUGAGAACCCAACAGCAGAUCCAGCCCAGGAGCUCCCCAGCAGCCCAGAGGAAGAGGAGGAUAUUCAGGAGAGUCAGACAGUAGGCCCUCAGGAAACAGCAGGGCUGUAUGGAGACUGGCUGGGCCCAGCAAUGCAGGUUGCAGGCUGGUUUAUCUCAGGUAAGACCCAUGAUGAGCAUCAGAAGACAGCACUGACUGAGCAGCACAAAGGGACUGAUGGGAGUGCUGGAAUUUCACAGGAGGAGAGUCAGACAGAAUCACUAAAUCGGGGUGAAGAUUCUGAAGAGAGAGGAGUGGAGACUGAGGGGGGGAACUCUAAACACCCGUCCUCUGGCACUGUCCCGUUCAGCAAUCCUGAGUCUCCACCUGCUGCUCCAUCCAAAACAGGAAAUGAAGAGGAGACCUUCCACAGUCCCCCAUCCAGCCCUUCUCUUCCCCACCCCCCUAAAUCUCCCCCCCAUCCAGAACCAGCUCCAGUACAGAGUCAGGACCAGGAAGAGGAAACAGGAAGAGCAGCAGCAGCAGAAUCUACUGAUGAGACUGGAGCCAAUCAGAGAGCAGGAGCCCAGUGGCAGAGAGAGAAGAGGGGGGGGCAGGAUGGAGGUAGUGAUGGGGGCAGAGCUCAGCCCAGUGGGGCAGGAGGGGGAGGAGCUGAUAACACAACAGCAGAUCCAUCCCAGGAGCGUCAGACAGGAAGUGCUGGGGAUAAUGUAGCAGAGAAUGGAGGCUGGCUGAGCUCAGGUAAGACCCAUGAUGAGCAUCAGAAGACAGCACUGACUGAGCAGCACAAAGGGACUGAUGGGAGUGCUGGAAUUUCACAGGAGGAGAGUCAGACAGUAAAAGUUCAGGAAAUGGCAAAGCUUAUUGAAAGUGGGUGGAGCCCAGUUAAGACCCAGGAUGAGCAUCAGAAGACAGCACUGACUGAGCAGCACAAAGGGACUGAUGGGAGUGCUGGAAUUUCACAGGAGGAGAGUCAGACAGAAUCACUAAAUCGGGGUGAACAUUCUGAAGAGAGUGGAGUGGAGACUGAGGGGGGGGCAGCCCACAAAACACCUAAUGAGUGUGCUGGAAUUCCACAGGAGAGUCAGAAAAUAAAAGUUCAGGAAAUGGCAAAGCUUAUUGAAAGUGGGUGGAGCCCAGUUAAGACCCAGGAUGAGCAUCAGAAGACAGCACUGCCUGAGCAGCACAAAGGGACUGAUGGGAGUGCUGGAAUUUCACAGGAGGAGAGUCAGACAGAAUCACUAAAUCGGGGUGAACAUUCUGAAGAGAGUGGAGUGGAGACUGAGGGGGGGGCAGCCCACAAAACAGCUAAUGAGUGUGCUGGAAUUCCACAGGAGAGUCAGAAAAUAAAAGUUCAGGAAAUGGCAAAGCUUAUUGAAAGUGGGUGGAGCCCAGUUAAGACCCAGGAUGAGCAUCAGAAGACAGCACUGCCUGAGCAGCACAAAGGGACUGAUGGGAGUGCUGGAAUUUCACAGGAGGAGAGUCAGACAGCAAAGCAGGUUGUAGGCUGGUUUAUCUCAGGUAAGACCCAUGAUAAGCGUCAGAAGACAGCACUGACUGAGCAGCACAAAGGGACUGAUGGGAGUGCUGGAAUUUCACAGGAGGAGAGUCAGACAGAAUCACAAAAUCAGGGUGAAGAUUCUGAAAAAAGAGUGGAGACUGAGGGGGGGAACUCUAAACACCCCUCCUCUGGCACUGUCCCGUCCAGCGCUACUGAGUCUCCACCUGCUGCUCCACCCAAAACAGAAAAUGGGGAGACCCUCCCCACUCCCCCAUCCAGCACCUCUCUUCUCCACCCCCCUAAUUCUCCCCCCCAUCCAGCACCAGCUCCAGUACAGAGUCAGGACCAGGAAGAGAAAACAGAAGGAGCAGCAGAAUCUACUGAUGAGACUGCAGUCAAUCAGAGAGCAGGAGCCCAGAGGCAGAGAGAGAAGAGGGGGGGGCAGGAUGGAGGUAGUGAUGGGGGCGGGGCUCAGCCCAGUGGGGCAGGAGGGGGAGGAGCUGAGAACCCAACAGCAGAUCCAGCCCAGGAGCUCCCCAGCAGCCCAGAGGAAGAGGAGGAUAUUCUGAGACGGGGUCCAGACAGUGAUGGGGGGGCAGCCCACAAAACACCUAAUGGGAGUGCUCCAGUAAAAGUUCAGGAAAUGGCAAAGCUUAUUGACAGUGGGUGGAGCGCAGGUAAGACCCAUGAUGAGCAUCAGAAGACAGCACUGCCUGAGCAGCACAAAGGGACUGAUGGGAGUGCUGGAAUUUCACAGGAGGAGAGACAGACAGCAAAGCAGGUUGUAGGCUGGUUUAUCUCAGGUAAGACCCAUGAUAAGCGUCAGAAGACAGCACUGACUGAGCAGCACAAAGGGACUGAUGGGAGUGCUGGAAUUUCACAGGAGGAGAGUCAGACAGAAUCACAAAAUCAGGGUGAAGAUUCUGAAAAAAGAGUGGAGACUGAGGGGGGGAACUCUAAACACCCCUCCUCUGGCACUGUCCCGUCCAGCGCUACUGAGUCUCCACCUGCUGCUCCACCCAAAACAGAAAAUGGGGAGACCCUCCCCACUCCCCCAUCCAGCACCUCUCUUCUCCACCCCCCUAAUUCUCCCCCCCAUCCAGCACCAGCUCCAGUACAGAGUCAGGACCAGGAAGAGAAAACAGAAGGAGCAGCAGAAUCUACUGAUGAGACUGCAGUCAAUCAGAGAGCAGGAGCCCAGAGGCAGAGAGAGAAGAGGGGGGGGCAGGAUGGAGGUAGUGAUGGGGGCGGGGCUCAGCCCAGUGGGGCAGGAGGGGGAGGAGCUGAGAACCCAACAGCAGAUCCAGCCCAGGAGCUCCCCAGCAGCCCAGAGGAAGAGGAGGAUAUUCUGAGACGGGGUCCAGACAGUGAUGGGGGGGCAGCCCACAAAACACCUAAUGGGAGUGCUCCAGUAAAGGUUUGGGAUACAGUAAAGCUUAUUGAAAGUGGGUGGAGCGCAGGUAAGACCCAUGAUGAGCAUCAGAAGACAGCACUGCCUGAGCAGCACAAAGGGACUGAUGGGAGUGCUGGAAUUUCACAGGAGGAGAGACAGACAGCAAAGCAGGUUGUAGGCUGGUUUAUCUCAGGUAAGACCCAUGAUAAGCGUCAGAAGACAGCACUGACUGAGCAGCACAAAGGGACUGAUGGGAGUGCUGGAAUUUCACAGGAGGAGAGUCAGACAGAAUCACUAAAUCGGGGUGAAGAUUCUGAAGAGAGAGGAGUGGAGACUGAGGGGGGGAACUCUAAACACCCCUCCUCUGGCACUGUCCCGUUCAGCGCUCCUGAGUCUCCACCUGCUGCUCCACCCAAAACAGAAAAUGGGGAGACCUUCCACAGUCCCCCAUCCAGCCCCUCUCUUCCCCACCCCCCUAAAUCUCCCCUUGCUCCAGCACCAGCUCCAGUACAGAAUCAGGACCAGGAAGCAGAAACAGAAAGAGCAGCAGCAGCAGAAUCUACUGAUGAGACUGGAGCCAAUCAGAGAGCAGGAGCCCAGAGGCAGAGAGAGAAGAGGGAGGGGCAGGAUGGAGGUAGUGAUGGGGGCGGAGCUCAGCCCAGUGGGGCAGGAGGGGGAGGAGCUGAGAACCCAACAGCAGAUCCAGCCCAGGAGCUCCCCAGCAGCUCAGAGGAAGAGGAGGAUAUUCAGGAGACUCAGACAGUAAAAGUUCAGGAAAUGGCAAAGCUUAUUGAAAGUGAGUGGAGCCCAGUUAAGACCCAUGAUGAGCAUCAGAAGACAGCACUGACUGAGCAGCACAAAGGGACUGAUGGGAGUGCUGGAAUUUCACAGGAGGAGAGUCAGACAGUAAAGCAGGUUGCAGGCUGGUGGAGCCCAGGUAAGACCCAUGAUGAGCAUCAGAAGACAGCACUGACUGAGCAGCACAAAGGGACUGAUGGGAGUGCUGGAAUUUCACAGGAGGAGAGUCAGACCGAAUCACUAAAUCUGGGUGAAGAUUCUGAAGAGAGAGGAGUGGAGACUGAGGGGGGGAACUCUAAACACCCCUCCUCUGGCACUGUCCCGUUCAGCGCUCCUGAGUCUCCACCUGCUGCUCCACCCAAAACAGAAAAUGAAGAGGAGACCUUCCACAGUCCCCCAUCCAGCCCCUCUCUUCCCCACUCCCCUAAAUCUCUCCCCCAUCCAGCACCACCUCCAGUACAGAGUCAGGACCAGGAAGCGGAAACAGGAAAAGCAGCAGCAGCAGAAUCUACUGAUGAGACUGCAGCCAAUCAGACAGCAGGAGCCCAGAGGCAGAGAGAGAGGAGGGAGGGGCAGGAUGGAGGUAGUGAUGGGGGCGGAGCUCAGUCCAGUGGGGCAGGAGGGGGAGGGGACCAAAGUGUCCCAAAACCAGAUUCAGAUCAGGAUAUAGACCCCACAUCAGCAGAGGAAAAUCUAAGUGUCCCGCUCACUGAGCCAUUAAGCACAGCUGAUCCAGCCCAGGGACUCCCAGACACCACGGCCCGUUCCCCCCCUCACACUGGGGCGAGUGAGGAGUCCUGCUGUGCAGAGGAAAGCCCAACAUCAGGCCCAAAUCUGGAGCCCAACAGCACCUCUAAGGCAGAGGAAGAGAAGAAGAGAGGGAGAGAAGAGAGGAAGGAUUCACAGGACAGAGGGGUGAAGUCCCCCCCAGUAAAGCCCCCGAAACCCCCUAAACCCCCUACAGUUCCUAAAACACCCUUAAACCCAUGAGCAGGACUGUCCCACAGGAGGGAGAGACACAGAAGAGCGGGGCACUAAGUCACAUGACACAGGAUAGAAAGACUGCAGACACAGGAAAAGCAGCUCCUAAGCCUGAGAACACAGGAGAUCAUUUAAAGAACUGAAACUGAACUCUGAGCGGUGCUACAGUGCAUAAGACACAAGCAGGUUUUUUAAUGGGUGUAAAUUGUAUGUAUCCUUUUUUUAUUUACUUUGUUUGCUUUAUACAUCUGCACCUGGGAUGUGUUUUGUGUUGUGUGUGUGUGUGUGUGUGUUAGUAAAUCUGCAUCUGUCAUAUGAAGUUCUAAUUAAUAUCAAAUUCAUUCCUGCAAUAUUUGGUGUCUUAAUUUCCAUGUAAAUAGUAGAUAAACUCUUGAUGAAAGUCUGUUGUUAUCUAAUCUAGCUAACUGGUGCUAUACUUUUUUUGGCUAGCAGCAUCAGCUAUAAUUUAUUUUCACUUUCUUAUCAGGGGAGCCAGUCGUAUUGCUGCCACACCCCACCACUGUGUUCUGUUCUGUAUUUAAUUCCUUUUGGCCAGCUAUGGAGGUGUUUCUCUACUAAUCCUCAUUUCUCUUUCAUGAUCUGUAGAUUAUAGUGUGUGAUGUGCACCAGUGCAGCCCCUGUCACUUUUAUAUACUGAAGCCCACAAUUAUGAAGAAAUGAAUCUAUGUAUUAACAGAACCAGUUGAGAAUAAAUCGUUUGUUAUUGUGAUAUUGUAUUUUCUAUAAAAUUUCUAUUAAUUUGAA